GUAAAUUAUUACGGGAUUACAAUAAACAACUCAGACUUAAUAUAUUAUUUUAUGUUUCUAUUUUGUUGAUAUAAAUGAAGAACUGUACGGUUUCUAAAAAUGUACCGUUUUAUUUAUUACAAGAGUCUUCGAAUGUGCAAUCGUAGUCAUUCAACCAGUUUUAACAAAUGGGAAAGUGUGGUUGGGUUAGAAGUGCACGCACUGUUGAACACAAAUUCGAAACUUUUUUCGGGCGCUCAAAAUACAUUCGGUGGAGUUGUCAAUAGUUGUGUUUCGUUAUUCGAUGCAGCCAUACCAGGUACAUUACCAGUAUUAAAUAGAAAGUGCGUGGAACUUGGCAUUAAAACAGCAUUAGCGCUCUCAUGCAAAGUGAACGAAGUAUCAAGUUUUGAUAGAAAACAUUAUUUUUAUGCUGACUUGCCCGCUGGUUAUCAGAUUACUCAGCAGAGGGCUCCUCUGGCAAGUGAUGGCGUUAUUAAUUUUCAGGUAUUCACACCAGGAUUUCACAAAAAGCCUUACAAGAAAAGCUCAAAAAUAAAACAAAUUCAAUUGGAACAAGACAGUGGGAAAUCUCUGCAUGAUGCAGAACUUAAAAGAAGCUUAGUUGACCUGAAUAGAGCAGGGGCUCCACUCAUAGAAGUUGUAUUUGAACCAGAUUUACAGGAUGGCGAAGAAGCUGCAGCUUUGGUCAAGGAAUUGGUAUUGAUUGUGCAGCGUCUUGGGGCAUGUACAGGUCGGAUGGAAGAGGGCGCACUACGUGUUGAUGCUAAUGUUUCUAUACGACGUCCAGGAGAUCCCUUAUCCACUCGAACUGAGAUUAAGAACAUCGGUUCAAUUAGAGGCGUCGCCGGCGCUGUUCGAUACGAAAUCGAACGCCAGAAGACCGUGCUUGAGAAUGGAGGUCGUAUCAUCAACGAAACGCGAGCUUGGGACGCCGUAGGCAGAGCCACCAUACCAAUGAGGGACAAAGAAGUUGUACAAGACUAUAGAUACAUGCCCGAGCCGAAUUUACCGCCUUUACGAGUCAAUUUGAAAUCAAAACACGAUACACAACACGUUAUCAGCGUGCCCUUGAUACAAGAACAGAUUCCUGAAUUACCGGAAAGUUCUCGAAAAAACCUCAUAGAGAACUACCAGUUGCGUCCCGAAGCGGCGAUUCAAAUCGUCAAUGAGCCCAUCUUACUGAAAUACUUCGUCGAUCUGGCCGAGGAAAGAAGUCAAUCCACUAAAAUAGCAAAUUUAUUAAUUAACGAGCUACUGACGGUGCUUAAUAAAAAUAAAUUAGACAUUUCCGACUGUCCCAUUACAUUGAGGCAGCUAAAAGAACUAUUUAAAUUGUUUUUCGAUAAAAAAAUCAGUUUGGAAGUAUUCAAGAAUGUCUUAGACGACCUAGUGAUUUCUUCGGACAGUGAUAAAAUGCCCUCGAAAAUUAUUCAAGAGAGAAACUGGACAUUGAUAAGUGACGAAACUGAAAUAACCAAAUUUUGUAUUGAAAUAAUUGAAAAUAAUCCGAAAUUAGUAAAACAAUACAAGGAAGGAAAAGUGAAAGUACUGAAGGCAUUGUUGGGCGUAAUGUCUAAGAAUUCUCAAAAUAAAUUCGAUAUGUCUUUAGCGUCUAGAAUAAUGGAAGAGGUAUUGAAAAAGUAAAUAAAUAUCGUGUGUUUG